CAACACUGUUUGCUUCAUCCCAAUCAGUUUAUUGUGAGCCACGGCGGACAACGAACGUACCUAUUUUGUAACGCUGUUGAAUCGAUUUUUCAUUUGUGGAAUUUUCCAUACAUAAUCCUAUCAGUGAAAUGGCUACCAAAAUUCCCAGAGCAAUCUUCAGCAAUGGAAACAGCAUUCCAAUGAUCGGACUCGGAACGUGGAAUUCUCCGCCAGGAGCGGUUGCACAAGCCGUAAAAGAUGCAAUUGAUAUCGGCUACCGGCACAUCGAUUGCGCUCACGCGUACCAAAACGAGCAUGAAGUGGGCGAUGGAAUCGCUGCCAAAACUAAAGAUGGAACAAUUAAGCGGGAGGACGUAUUCGUUACGAGCAAACUGUGGAAUACGUUCCACCGACCUGAUUUGGUGGAAGGCGCCUUGAAAGUUACAUUGAAGAACCUCAAACUCUCCUUCUUGGAUCUGUAUUUGAUGCAUUGGCCGGUGGCCUACAAAGAGGGCGACGAACUUUUUCCAAUGCGUCCUGACGGCAAAAGGUACAUCUUCUCCGACGUUGACUAUGUAGACACUUGGAAGGAGAUGGAGAAAUUGGUCGAUGCAGGGCUGGUGAAGAAUAUUGGUGUGUCGAACUUCAACUCGAAGCAGAUUCAACGAGUGCUGGACGUUGCCCGCAUCAAACCGGUCUGCAAUCAGAUUGAGAAUCAUGCCUAUCUUCAUCAAGCCAAACUGGCUGCGUUUUGCGCUGAAAAGGGAUUAAUUGUGACAGCUUAUAGUCCCCUUGGAUCGCCGGCUAGGCCGUGGGUCAAGAAGGAUGACAUUGUCCUGUUGCAUGAUCCAAAAUUGAAGAUAAUCGCCGAUAAGCAUGGUAAGGAGCCGGCUCAGAUUCUCAUCCGUUAUCAAAUUCAGUUGGGCCACGUGGUAAUCCCGAAAUCGGUGACCAAGUCUAGGAUUGCCUCCAACUUUGACGUGUUCGGUUUUGAGUUGGACGCUGAUGAUAUGAAGCAGUUGGGUGCACUGGAACGGAAUGAGCGCUUUUGUCCGGAAUUUGCAGCAUACGGCCAUCCACAUCAUCCUUUCGAAAAGGAGGAAUAAGUUGUUUGGAUUGAUAACAGUAGUACUUAUCCACAUGCAAAUUGAUGCUUGUGGUCAAUUCGCAGUUUAUUGUCAAGCCUAUCCACUAUCUCUCUCCCGUCCCCGAUGCCGAUGAAAUAAAAUCGUCCGCGAAGCUGGGAAGCAUUUGUUCCGAGUUUGCAAGAAGACAUAAUAUGCAUUUUUUCUAGUAGAUGCAUGCCAUAUUAUCAAGGUCAUCAAGGUGAUCAACUUCAAGCUUUAAUUUGUUGACUCAUUCCAGAAGCUCAAUAUUAAAAUAUGAUGUUCCACAACCUUGUAGAGUAGUAUUUUUCCUGUAAUUAUCACCAAGGACACCACAUUCUAACUCUUAAAUAUACGGCGUUAGAGCGCUGGCGCGCUGGUAUUACCUACUCAUUCUAAACGAUCGAAAAAUUCGACCGUUUGGUAUCAGUAGGAGGUACUAACACUACCCUACAAGUUUGCCAAACAUCACAUUGUAGUAAUAAGCUUCCGAACUGAGUUAUAGGUAACGUUUUGAAUCCGGAUCUUUUUUUUCAAGCGUUUUUAUAGAGUUUUUUUCUACCUGUUUCUGUGGUAUUGGUGCUCAAUAGGAUAAAAAGGGAAGAAUAUGAUGCAGAAUAUUUUUUCUGAAUAUCCAAGGUCAUCCAAACUGUUCUUGAGCUUAGAUCCUUAAGUCUACGGGUGUAACGGUGACUUUUUUUUCAUAAUACAAAGCUACGAUUUGUAUUUUAUCAUGUCCAGUAAGCCUUCUAGAAGUUCAAUAGACCGUAUCAGGUCUGUUCGAAUAUCCUAGGCCAUCCAAACUGUUCUUGAGUUUAGAUUCUUAAGUCUACGAGUGUAACGGCCACUUCUUUCAUUAUACAAUGCUACGAUAUGUAAUAUAUCAUGUCCAGUAAGUCUUCCGAAAGUUCAACAGACAGUAUCAGAUCUGUUGGGAUAUCCUAGGUCAUCCAAACCGUUCUUGAUAUUACAUCCUUAAUUCUACGAGUGUAACGGUGACUUUUUUCACAAUACAAAGCUACGAUUUGUAUUUUAUCAUGUCCAGUAAGUCUUCUAAACGUUCAAUAGAGAGAAUCAGAUCAGUCGGAAUAUUCUAGCCCGAGUAGAGGUCAAGUACGAUCAAAACGUGAUAUUGGUUUGAUUGAUAUAAGAGGUAAAAGUACUGGAAAUAAUAGC